AUGUCCUACAGGGCGGGCUCCCCGAUUCGGAUGAAGAGAUCUCGUGUAGUUAGCAAUGUCUUGAUUCUCAUAGUAUUCGUCACUCUAGGGCUGAUUAUCUACCCAAAGGUUGUUGCGCCAAACAACGAACCUCGAUCCUCACGACAAAUACCAGUCCCGACUGAAUUCGAGUCAGAUAUACGGGCCUCAGAGCAUGGAUCUCAGCACCUGCUCGAUGCCACUCCUGUAGAUGACGACGACGUUUGUUACCCAGACAUUGUGAACAGUUGGCGAGCCAACGUGAAGCCAAUAUGCACUCCAACAAUCGACAAGACCAAACGCUCCUCCUCAUUGCGAUGCUACGAAUAUACUGUCAAUGGAAUACUGCAACCAAUCUGUCAAGGAGAAAAUGUCAUUGUAGAUCUCGACAAACUGACACUGCCAUCUCACAACAUAACGACAAACCCUGUACCUAUAAUUGGUGCCAAGGGAGCUGUAGUAGGUGUAUCGUGUGAUGUCAAAGAUGGGUUUACAAAGGAGUGGCUGAGUGAUGCGUUUGAUGUUACGGAUGAGGCCAGCUGUGAUGCUGAUUUCGGAGAUCAGGUCAUGUAUAUGCAUCAGAGAUGGGAUUCAUCGAAUGUGUUCCAUAUUCAUGAGGACUUGAUAAUGGCACAUCUUGCAUACCAAGUCUUGAAACUAUACAAACGAAAUACUCAGGUCGUGUUUCUAGAUGAUCGUCAACCGGAUGGUCCUGCCUUACCGUUAUGGAAUGGAGUAUUUUCAGCAAAGCCGGCUUUGAGCUUGUAUGAUCUGAAGCUAGCCAAGCCUGGUAUACGUCGAUUGUGUGUAAAGAAGCUUGUGGUUGGAGUUAGAGGUGGUGCGACACCGUAUAGUAAUUCUGUGGGUGCCAACACACCGUGUAGUCAUCAUUUAUUCCAAUCCUUCUCACGAUUCGUGUUGGACUCGCUCAACCUUGCGCCUCUCGAAAUACGGAAACAACACUCAUCCGAUCAAAUACGAGUCCUCCUAGUCUCACGACGAGACUAUGCAGGCAAAUCGAUACGUCGUAAAAUCAGCAAUGAACGAGAUUUCGUCGCCAAACUACGCACCGAACUAGAUCCCAACACGACAAUCGACAUGGUUGAUUUCUCGCAACUCGAUAUAAUCAAACAAAUCCAGACAUUUGGAUCAUACGAUGUGACUAUUGCUGCUCACGGGGCCACGCAAGUGUAUAUGACAUAUGCUAGACUCGGUACAGCACAUAUAGAAGUACAGCAUCCUGAACGAUGGGGGAAUUUUCAUUACAUGAAUCUGGCGAAAUUGCUGGGACUUUGGUAUAGGAAUUCGCAGUUGUAUGGUGAUGGCAAUAUGUCGGAAAAUGAGAUGGAGAAUGUUGGCAGGUUGGUUAAGGAGGCUUGUGAGGCUGUCAAGGAGGGCAGAGAGCAGAACGAGAAGGCUUCUACUUACAUAUAG